AACGGCCACAGCGACUGCGCGGGGCCAAUGGAGAGAGACGCCUGCCUCAGGUGUAUGAACAACACCCAGGGCCCGCAGUGCCAGCAGUGCCGCCCGGGCUUCGUUGGCUCCGCCCUUUCCGGCGGGUGGUGCCUCCCCUGCCGCUCCUUCUGCCGCGGCCGCGCCCACGUUUGCCUGAGCCGCGCCCACCUGGAGCGGCACCGGCGCGACCCCGCCCGGCACCCGCUGGAGGCGCACCUGCUGCACCCGUGGGUGCCCGAGGGCCCCAGCGAGGCGCAGGCCGUGUGCGUCAACUGCCAGGACAACAGCGUGGGCGACAGGUGCGACACCUGCCGGGCCGGGUUCUUCAUGCUGGAUGGCACCUGCACCAGGUGUCACCUGCAACGGGCACGCCGACACCUGCAACGAGCUGGACGGCACCGGGUGCCCGUGCCAGAACAACACCGAGAGCGGCGCCUGCCCCGAGCGCAGAGACUGCUACCGGCACCAGGAAUUCCUGCGGGCGGAGCCUCCGGAGGCUGCGGGAACAGGCCCUGAGCGCCUGCGCACACCUGGUCUCUCUGGAGCCGCCGCUGAGCGCCCCACCCCCAGGAAAAGCCCGGGAUGUGGGGAUGGGAAUUUUCCCGGAAUUCCCGGUUUUUCUCCCCAAUCCCACCUGGGCUCCGGGCGGGGGCGGGGCAGCUCCGGGUUUGCUGGGAAUUCCUUCCUCAUUCCCAGUUUUUCUAUUCCUAUUUUUCCCGAUUUUCCCAUUUUUCCCAUUUCCAAAUUCCCAUUUUUUCCUUUCCCAUUUUUCCCAUUUUCCCCAUUCCCCUGAUUCCCGUUCCCAAAUUCCCAUUCCAAUCCCCUUUCCCAUUAUUCCCAUUAUUCCCAUUAUUCCCAUUAUUCCCAUCAUUCCCAUCGUUCCCAUCGUUCCCAUUAUUCCCAUCAUUCCCAUCAUUCCCAUUAUUCCCAUCAUUCCCAUUAUUCCCAUUCUCAUCCCCUUUCCCUUUAUUCCCAUUUUUCCCCAUUCUUCCCACCCUAUUCCCAUUCCCAAUUUCCUGUUAUUCCCAUUAUUCCCAUUCUUCCCAUUCCCAUCAUUCCCAUUAUUCCCACUUUUCCCAUUUCCAUUUUCCUCACUCCCAUUCCCGUUUUUCCCACUUUCCCAAUCCCCCAUUCCUGUUCCCAUCAUUCCCAUUUUUCCCAUUCCCAUUUUCCCAUUUCCAAUUUCCUAUUAUUCCCAUUAUUCCCAUUAUUCCCAUUAUUUCCAUUUUCCCAUUUCUCCCAUUUCCAUCAUCCCCAUUUUUCCCUUUUUCUCCAUUAUUCCCAUUUCCAUCGUUCCCAUUUUCCCCAUUUUUCCUAUUAUUCCCAUUAUUCUCAUUAUUCCCAUUAUUCCCAUUUUUUGUAUUUUUCCUAUUCCCAAUUUCCCAUUCCCAAUGUCCCAUUAUUCCUAUUAUUUCCAUUUUCCCGUUUUUCCCAUUUCCAUCAUUCCCAUUAUUCCCAUUAUUCCCACUCCCAGUUUCCCGUUCCCAUUUCCCGGGAUGGAUUUGGGGAUUCCGGGGUUUUUGCCGAUCCCGGAAUUCCGGAAUUUUUCUGGGAUUUUUCCGGGAUUUUUCCUGGGAUGGAUUUGGGGACUCCGGGGUUUUUCCCAGUGCCGGAAUUCCGGGAUUUUUCCGGGAUGCAUUUGGGGAUUGCAGGGUUUUUGCUGAUGCCGGAAUUCCGGGAUUUUUCAUGGGAGGGAUUUGGGGAUUCCAGGGGUUUUGCCGAUGCCGGAUUUUCGGGAUUUUUCUGGGAUUUUCUGGGAUUUUUCCUGGGAUGCAUUUGGGGAUUCCGGGAUUUUUGCCAGUGCCGGAAUUCCGGGAUUUUUCCCUGGGAUGGAUUUGGGGAUUACGGGGUUUUUGCCAAUGCCGGAAUUCCGGGAUUUUUCCAGGAUUUUUGCGGGAUUUUUCCCGGGAUGGAUUUGGGGAUUCCGGGAUUUUUCCCAGUGCCAGAAUUCCGGGAUUUUUCCAGGAUGGAUUUGGGGAUCCCGGGAUUUUUGCCAGUGCCAAAAUUCUGGGAUUUUCCGGGAUGGAUUUGGGGAUUCCGGGGUUUUUGCCGAUGCCGAAAUUCCGGGAUUUUCCAGGAUUUUCCCGGGAUGGAUUUGGGGAUUCCGGGAUUUUUCCCAGUGCCAGAAUUCCGGGAUUUUUCCUGGGAUGGGUUUGGGGAUUCCAGGGUUUUUCUCAAUGUUAGAAUUCUGGGAUUUUUCCGGGAUUUUUCUGGGAUUUUCCGGGAUUUUCCGUGACUUUCCCAGGAUUUUUCCGGGAUUUUUCCCGGGAUGGGUUUGGGGAUUCCAGGGUUUUUCCCAGUGCCGGAAUUCCAGGAUUUUCCGCGAUUUUCCCGGGAUUUUCCUGGGAUGCAUUUGGGGAUUCUGGGAUUUUUGCCAAUACUGGAAUUCCGGGAUUUUCCGGGAUUUUUCCUGGGAUGGAUUUGGGGAUUGCAGGGUUUUUCCCAGUGCCGGAAUUCCGGGAUUUUCCAGCAUUUUUCCGGGAUUUUCCGGGAUUUUUCCAGGAUUUUCCCUGGAUGGGUUUGGGGAUUCCGGGGUUUUUGCCAAUGCCGGAAUUCCAGGAUUUUUCGGGAUUUUUCCCGGGAUUUUUCUGGGAUUUUUCCGGGAUUUUUCCUGGGAUGGGUUUGGGGAUUCCAGAGGUUUUUGCCGAUGCCAGAAUUCUGGGAUUUUUCCAGGAUUUUCCGUGAUUUCCUGGGGUUUUUCCUUUGCAGGAGCUGCACACCUUGAGGGAAGUAUUUCAAUCACCAAAUUUUAGCAAAUUUUCCCAAAUUUGCCCAAAAUUGCGGAAAUUUGUCCCAAACUGACGUGCAGAGUCCGGCGUGUCCCGGCUCCGUGUCCCUCCCUCAGGGUUCGUCCCUCAGGGCGGCCCCGCCCCCAAUGGCGUAAAAUGCCCCAAAAAUCACCAAAAAAAUCCACAAAAAUUCCAUAAAAUGCCCAAACCCACCAAAAUUUCCCUGAAAUUUCCCAAAUUUGCCCAAAAUUGCGGAAAUUUGUCCCAAACUGACGUGCAGAGUCCGGCGUGUCCCAGCUCCGUGUCCCUCCCGCAGGGUUCGUCCCUCAGGGCGGCCCCGCCCCCAAUGGCGUAAAAUGCCCCAAAAAUCACCAAAAAAAUCCACAAAAAUUCCAUAAAAUGCCCAAACCCACCAAAAUUUCCUUGAAAUUUCCCAAAUUUGCCCAAAAUUGCAAAAAUUUUCCCCAAACUGACGUGCAAAGCCCGGCGUGUCCCAGCUCCGUGUCCCUCCCGCAGGGUUCGUCCCUCAGGGGGAGCCCCGCCCCAAAUGGCGUAAAAAUGACCCAAAAAUCACCAAAAAAAAUCCCCAAAAAUUCCCAAACAACCAAAAUUUCCCUGAAAUUUCCCAAAUUUUCCCAAAAUUGUGGAAAUUUUCCCCAAACUGACGUGCAGAGCCCGGCGUGUCCCGGCUCCGUGUCCCUCCCUCAGGGUUCGUCCCUCAGGGCGGCCUCGCCCAAAACGCCCCAAAAUGCCCAAAAAUCACCAAAAAAUCCCAAAAAAAUCCCCCCAAAAAUCACCAAAUUUUUGCAAAUUUUCCCGAAAUUGCCCAAAAUUGUGGAAAUUUGCCCCAAACUGACGUGCAGAGCCCGGCGUGUCCCAGCUCCCUGUCCCUCCUGCAGGGUUCGUCCCUCAGGGGGAGCCCCGCCCCAAAUGGCGCAAAAAUGACCCAAAAAUCACCAAAAAAAAUCCCCAAAAAUUCCCAAAAAUUUGGAAUUGGAAUUGCAAUCGGAAUUGGAAUUGGAAUUGGAAAUGGAAAUAGAAAUGGAAUUAGAAUUCCAAUAGGGAGGAAUUGGAAAUUGAAUUGGAAUUGGGAAUUGGAAAUGGAAGUGGAAUUAGAAUUAGAAAUGGAAUUCCAGUGGGGAGAAAUUAGAAUUGAGACUUGAAAUUGGGAAUUGGAAUUCCAAGAGUCGGAAUUGGAAUUGGAAAUGGAAUUCCAAUAGGAAGUGGAAUUGGAAUUGAGAAUUGGAAUUGGGAAUGGGAAUUGGGAAUGGAAAUGGAAUUGGAGUUGGAAUUAGAAUUCCAGUAGGCAGGAAUUGGGAAUUGGAAUUGGAAUUGGAAUUGGAAUUGGAAAUUAGAAAUGGAACUACAAUUGGGAAUUGGAAUUCCAAUUGGGAGGAAUUGGAAAUUGAGAAUGGAAUUGGAAUUGGGAUUGCGAUUAGAUUGGGAUUCAGAAUUGGAAAUGGAAAUGGAAUUCCAACAGGGAGGAAUUGGAAUUGGAAUUGGAGUUGGAAAUGGAAUUAGGAAUUGAGAAUUGGAAUUGGAAUUGGAAUUGGAAAUGGAUUUGGAGUUGGAGUUGGAGUUGGAAUUGGGAAUGGAAUUCCAAUAGGGAGGAAUUGGGAAUGGGAAUGGAAUUGGAAAUGGAAACGGAAUUGGAAUUAGAGAUGAAAAUGGAGUUGGAAUUGGAAUUCCUAAGGGAGGAAUUGGAAUUCCAGGAGUUGGGAGGAAUUGAAAUUGGAAUUGGAAUUGGAAUUUGGAAUUGGAGUUGGAAAUGGAAUUCUAAUAGGGAGGAGUUGGAAUCGGAAAUGGAAUUGGAAAUGGGAAUGGAAUUGGAAUUGGAAAUGGAAAUUACAAUUCCAACUCCAUUUUCAUCUCCUGAAAAGUCACAGGGAAAAAUCUCAUGGAAAAAAUGAAAUUAUAAAUGAGAAUGGGUUUAAAGGUGUGGCUGGGAGGGAGGGAGAGAUGGUCGGAAAAUAAAAAUAAAUGGAAUUAAUGGUGGUGAAAGGGAUUGGGAUUUUAUCCAGAGGGGUUUGGGAUGGGGAAAAUAAAAAAUCACCGGCAGGGAUUCCUGGGGAUGGGAAUGGGAAUGGGAAUAUAAUUGCAAUAGGGAGGGAUUGGGAUUGAAAUUGGAAAUGAAAAUGGAGUUAGAAUUCCAAUAGGGAGGAGUUGGGAGGAAAUGGAAAUGGGAUUGGAGUUGGAAUUGGAAAUGGAAUUUGGAAUUGAAAAUUGGAAUUGGAAUUCCAGUAGUGAGGAAUUGGAAAUGGAAUUGCAGUUGGAAUUGGGAAUGGAAAUAGAAUUUGGAAUUGAGAAUUGGAAUUGGAGUUCCAGUAGGGAGGAAUUGGGAAUGGAAUUGGGAAUGGAAAUGGAAUUUGGAAUUGAGAAUUGGAAUUUGGAAAUGGAAUUGGAAAUGGACAUGGAAUUCCAGUGGGGAGGAAUUGGAAUUGGGAAUUGGAAAUGGAAUUGGAAAUGGAAUGGAGAAUUGGGAUGGGAUUGGAAUUGGUGUUGGAAUUCCAAUAGAGAGGAAUUGGAAUUCCAGGAGUUGUGAGGAAUUGGAGGAAUUGGAAUUGGAGGCAUUGGAAUUGGAAUUGGAAUUCCAAUAGGGAAGAAUUGGAAUUGGGAAAUGGAAAUGGAAAUUGGAAUUCCAAUAGGGAGGAAUUGGAAUUGGGAAUUGGAAUUGGAAUUGGGAAUUGGAAUUGGAAUUCCAAUAGGGAGGAUUGGCGAGGAAUUGGAAAUGGAAUUGGAAAUGGAAAUGGAAAUGGAAUUGGAAAUUCCAUUUCCAAAUUGGGAAUUGGAAUUGGAAUUCCAGUUGGGAGGAAUUGGAGUUGGAAUUGGGAAUUGGGAAUGGGAAUUUGGGUUCUGUCCCUGUGGCAGAGCAUGGAACCCUCUGGAAUCCUGAAUUUUUGGGAAUUUCGUGUUUCUCCAGGAGGGAUUUUUGGGGUGAUUUCUCUGCUUUCCCUCGUUCCCAUCCUUUCUCUCCUUUCCUGCUCUCUUUAUUCCCAUUUUUCCCACCUGGAUUUCCAGACUGGAUUCCAACAUCUUUUCCUGGAUCUGCAAAUCCCAGCUCAUCUCCUUCCCACAGAAUUCCCAAUUCCAACCCCACCAAACCCCAAAAAUCUCAUUUUCACCCCAUCCCCGCCCCAAACCACCCUCCCAGGGUGGUGAUCCCAUCUGAACACAAAAAUUACUUUUCCUUUUUUUUUUCCUUUUUUUUCCCCCUUUUUCCCUUUUUCCCCCUUUUUCCCCCUUUUCCCCCCCUUUUUCCCCCUUUUUUCCCCUUUUCCCUUUUUUUUUCCUUUUUCCCCUUUUUCCCCCUUUUUUAAUUUUUCCCCCUUUUUAAAUUUUUCCCCCUUUUUUCCCUUUUCUCCCCUUAUUUUUCCCCCUUUUCCCCCUUUUCCCCCCUUGUUUCCUUUAUUUUUCCCCUUUUUUUUUCCCCCCCUUUUCCCCCUUUUCCCCCUUUUUUCCCCUUUUAUUUUCCUUUAUUUUCCUUUUUCCCCUUUCUUUCCCUUUUUUUUUCCUUCCUUUUUCCCCCCUUUUUUUCCUUUUUCCCCUUUUUUUCCUUUCUUUUUUUCCCCCUUUAUUUUCUCUUUUUUCCUUCCCCCCCUUUUUUUCCUUUAUCUUUCCCUUUUUUUCCACUUUUUUCCUCUUUUCCCCCCUUUUUUCCCCUUCUUUCCCUUUAUUUUCCCUUUUUUCCCUUUUUUCCCUUUUCCCCCCUUUUGUUUUCCUUUUUUCCCCUUUUCCCCCUUUUCCCCCCUUUUAUUUUCGUCUUUUUUUCCCUUUUCCCCCCUUUCUUUCCCUUCUUUUUCCCUUCUUUUCCCCUUUUAUUUUCCCUUUAUUUUCCUUCUUUUCCCCCUUUUUUCUCUUUCUUUCCCUUCCUUUUUUUCCCUUUAUUUUCCCUUUUUUCCCCUUUUCUCCUUUUUCCCCCUUUUCCCCCCUUUUUCCCCCUUUAUUUUCCCGUUUUAUUUCCCCCUUUUUCCCCCUUAUUUUUCCUUUUUUCCCCUUAUUUUUUCCUCC